AUGGCAACCGCGGUCUCCAAAACCACCUCACAUCCCCCUAAGAUGAAGCGACCGCCCCCGCCUUUCGUUCAAUCCGGAGUCAAUGGCGCAAGGCCGCAGCAAUCGUCUUCAUCUCCUCCUACUACUUCAAAGCGCCUUCCAGGGGCUGGGCAGUCUGCGGUGCCAAGUUCCACCAGCCAUCCAGCUCUGAACGGCGCCAAUGGCAUUGGCAAUUCGAACAACACCGCUACAAAGGGACCCCUGGGCCGGCCCAAAAAAGAGGCGCAAAAGCUAGGCGAUCAGGCCAUAAGGUUACAGAAGCCGGCGUUGAAGAACUCGUCUUCGGACAAUGAUCGCCGCGCUGGUACAGCGUCUUCUGAACCUUACGUCAAAACAUCACCUUAUAUCUUGAAGAAGUUUGCCAAAUUUCCCCCAUCGCUGAUCCUCCACCUUCACCCUACACAUUUCCGCUUCGAGCAGCAGGAUGGAAGCUUUCCAUAUAACUCGGAGAUGAAGGUCAUCAUUGAACAUAUCCGUGCGGGUACUGUUCCCCAUGAUAUGAUGGAGGAAUUGCUGCGUGCCAAUGUUCGCUUCUAUGAAGGCUGCCUCAUUGUUCGCGUGGUCGAUCAUAAAUCGGUAUCUGCGCAAACCAGGAAAACCACCGUACCCUCUUCAAACGAUAACAAUACUCCAUUCUCAAUACACAACUACAAUGAACAUAUCACCCCGUCGGCAUAUGUACCGUAUCCGAAACAGAAUCAACUGGCGUCAGAGAAGCCAGCCAGUACCGAAACCGCAGCAGAACAGUCAGAUAAAAAAGAUAGCGGUGAACAGGAUGGCCCAUCCCAGCAGAACUCUCAAGAUAUCGCUUCAGCCUCUGAACAUAAGCAAACUCCUUCUCAACCCCGCGUCUUCACAACCGUUCUUCACCCAACACCUCGGUCAUUACAGGCGGAGUUGACUCUGCUUGCGACCACACCGGACCCGAGGGCUGCCAAACAAACAGGUUCCGCGUCAUCACGUCCUCAAGCCCGGUCUACAGCGGCUCCUCCAUCUCCUGGCGCAUCGGCGCAACAUGAACGUGGUCAUGUUGCAAAAAAGCAAAAAAUGAUGGUCGAGCCGCAGGAGCUUAUGGAAUGCGAAUCCAAACUAACAAAAGCUCUCGCACCACCCUUGUUUUUGGAGCCCGUGGACACAUUUGAGGAUGUACAGGCCCUAUUGAAAUUCAUGGAGAGCCCGAUUCACCGCGACGCUCCACCAUCGCCAAAGAGAAGAAAACGCACAGUUGCAGAACUGGCAGCUGACGAAGCACUGGCGGCCGAGGAGGAGAGGUUUAUGCUUAUUAUGGAUGAACGGCUAGAGCCUACUACCUCUGGAGCUGCAGGAGGGCCAAAAUCUGCAGCUGUCGACGACACCGGGGGUGCUGUGCCUUUCGAGCCUCGCUUCUCGCGAUUUAAGACCCUUGAAAAUAUCCGAAUCCAGCACGAGGAGAAAACAAGGCGUGAGAACGAGGCCAAGGUGAAACAGGAAAUGGUCAAGAGGCAGCAACAGGAUCAAGAGAGAGAGAGACGCCGGUUGGCGGAACAGCGCCAGGCGGAAGAGCAGGCUAGAGAGGAAACUCGAAGGCAGCAGCUCGCCGCACAGCAGGCGCAAGCACAACUUGCCGCGCAUCAGCAGAACCGACACGUCAUGAACCAACCUAAUGGUGUUACGCAAGCGCCUCAGUCCUCACCGGUGGUGCGCAACCAAACACCUCUCAACCAGACCCCUCUCAAUACUUCUUCACCACUUGUUGGCAGUACAAUGGCAACUCAAGCUAGCGUGCCUAUGGCGAUGACAUCUUCCAUACAGGGUGCUGGUAGCCCGCAGAGACCUCCAUCUGCCUUACAGCAUGCUCACCCCAACAUGAUGAGCCAUCCCAUGGUGGCAUCUAGAAGCCAGCAAGGGCAGAGUAGGCAUGGUACCCCACAAAUGACGCAGGGAACACCCGCCAUGUCUCAAGCAACCCCGGUAAUGCGGAAUGUUACACCUACCCAGCGUAUGAGCCAUGCUAGUCCACCGCGCUCCUCCAUGGCUCCAACGCCUGUGAUGAACCAGACCAUGAUGGGAACACCGCAAAUGGGAGGUCAAGUGGGACUCACCCCACAACAGCAACAACAAUUUUUGAUGCAAAGACAGCAACUCCUAGCUCAACAAGGGCAUGUAAAUCCCAGCCAGCUCACUCCACAACAAUAUGCCCAGCUUCAAGCAAAUGUGCAUGCACAGCACAACAUUCAGAACCACCAACAACAGGUUAUGCAACAGCAGCCGCAACAGCAGCCGAACGCUCAACCUCAACAGCAAAAGUUCUCGAAUCCCCAGGCAUAUCAGGCUCAGCUGAUGCGAGCACAGCUUGCACAAAUGCAGAUGGCGCAGCAGCACCAGCAACAGCAAAGGCAGCAACAACAACAACCAAACCCUCAGCUACAGGGCCAACAGCAUCAACAGCCUCAGCAAGGGCAAAUGCUCCAAAACAGCCCGCAGAUGAACGCGCAGCAACAACAGAUCUUAAUGGCAGCGGCCCAAGCCAACGGUGGCCAACUCCCGCAAAACAUGCAGAAUAUGAAUAUGCAACCGCGAGUGAAUGCGACACAAAGAUACAGUCAGAUCUAUCAGCAGCGGCUCUUAAGGUUGCGGCAGGAUAUGGCCAGUCGCCUGAUGCCGCAGUAUGGACCACCAACGCAAUAUCCACCCCAGGUCGCGCAGGAGUAUAGCGUUGGCCUUGAACAAGCUGCUAAAGGGUUUGUGCAAGAUAUAAUGCGGCGGGAGCGCGCUGAAAUAGCUCAACGACACGCUGCUGCUCAGCAUGCCCAGGCGGUGCAACAGCAACAGCAACAUAACAUGAUGCAGAAUGGAAUUGGCAAGUAA